CAUUUCUUUAGAAACUCGAAGUGGGUUUUUGUGUGAGGAAAAAGCUAAAUCCCAAUUCCCAAUUUUUUCCAAAUUUUCUCAAAAAAGAGAAUGUGAAGAAUCAGAGAGAAAAAAACUCAGACAAUGUUUCAAUCUUCUCGCCGGACUCAUUCCUUCUCUUCUUCUUCUUCAAAUUCCCUCUCCUCUUCCUCCUCCUCCUCUCGCGGCUCUUACUAUUUCCCCGAUGAAUCUCCGUUCUCCACCGCCGCCACUCCGAUCCGAUCAUUUUCCGGCAGCAUUCCCUUCUCUUGGGAGCACUUGCCAGGAAUCCCCAAGAAACAGUCUCCGGCCAGGCUCCGGCGAGGUUCCGCCUCUCCUCUCUCCUCUCUCCUCCCCUUACCUCCCAAUUCCAUCACUCCGCCAUCUUCAAAACGCUUCGGAUUUCAAGAUUGGAGGAAAUCCAACCGCCAAAAUUCGCAGCGAGAUCCUUUCUUCGACGCCUUCCUCGAGUGCUCUAAGGAACCUUCUACCGCCGCCGCUGUCGACGCCGAGCUCUGGAGCGGCGGCGGUGGCAGCAAUGGUAAGGCGAUUACAAGAAGCCUGAGCGAUCGAUUCGGAUUCUUGAAUCUGUAUUCUUCUUGUAAACGGACUUGCGGCGUUUCGGAAUCGAUCGUGUAUCUCCCGAGAACGCCGAGGAGUUCGUUCGAUCUGCUUAACCAGCGUAGCGGCGGCUGAAUCGCCGCCGUUAAAAAAAGAGAUAAGUGGGAGAUUUGAUUAAAUGUUUGUUUUAGUUUUAAUUAAUCUCUUUGUUUGUGGUGACUAAUGAUUUAUGAUUAUGAUAAUAUGGAAUUUGGCUAAGCUUAAUCCUAAUUGGGUUUGUUAAUUGUGUUUAUGUGGGAUUACUGCGCUGGAAUUGUCUGUGAAUUACGUCAAAAUUUGAAUUGAAAAUUGAAAUUAAGUCUCCUAA